AUGGGCAAAUUCUCAUCCGCUCUCAAAGCUGGCCAUACCAUGGUUGAGCUCACCAACAACGUCAAGGGCGUCGCCGGCGCCGCCUCCGAGUUCCGCCAGGCCGACAAGGGCGAGAUGGGCCGCCAGGCCGGCCGCGCCGCCUUCAACGAGGGCGCCGACGUGGGCAAGACCAUGGGCAAGACGUGGCUCAAGACCUUCGAGGUCAUCCCGCGCCUCGUCUGCCGCGGGCUGCAGUGCGUCUUCGCCCUCAUCGCCUGCGGCUUCUACGGCAACCGCGUCGACGCCGACCGCAGGUCCGCCGACGGCUUCUCGGCCGAGUGGAUCUUCGCCAUCCUCGUCGCCGGCAUGUCCGCCGUCACCGCCCUGGUCUUCCUCGGUGUCGCCACCCUGGGCGCCCUGCCCGUCAUCGGGAGCAGGCUCAAGGUGGUCAAGACGUACCGCGCCUUCGCCUGGGACGGGAUCCUCUUCAUCUGCUGGCUCGUCGUCUUCGGCGUCUUCGCGGGCAUCUUCCUCAAGCGGGACAGCGACGAGCCCUACAAGGGGGCCAGCACCACCGCCAUGAAGACGGCCGUCUGGGUUGAUCUCGUUAAUGUUGUCUUCUGGCUCCUCACGCUCGUCUACGGCGCCAUCAAGACCUUCCUGGGCGAGAAGGUCGAUUCGCUCUCCGAGAAGGCUGGCAACAAGCUCUUCACGAAGAAGGCCAAGGCCCCCAAGGACAACUACGCCGAGAGUGUCUAG